AGUAGUAGUAGUAGUAGUAGUAGUAGUAGUAGUAGUAGUAGUAGUAGUAGUAGUAGUAGUAGUAGUAGUAGUAGUAGUAGUAGUAGUAGUAGUAGUAGUAGUAGUAGUAGUAGUAGUAGUAGUAGUAGUAGUAGUAGUAGUAGUAGUAGUAGUAGUAGUAGUAGUAGUAGUAGUAGUAGUAGUAGUAGUAGUAGUAGUAGUAGUAGUAGUAGUAGUAGUAGUAGUAGUAGUAGUAGUAGUAGUAGUAGUAGUAGUAGUAGUAGUAGUAGUAGUAGUAGUAGUAGUAGUAGUAGUAGUAGUAGUAGUAGUAGUAGUAGUAGUAGUAGUAGUAGUAGUAGUAGUAGUAGUAGUAGUAGUAGUAGUAGUAGUAGUAGUAGUAGUAGUAGUAGUAGUAGUAGUAGUAGUAGUAGUAGUAGUAGUAGUAGUAGUAGUAGUAGUAGUAGUAGUAGUAGUAGUAGUAGUAGUAGUAGUAGUAGUAGUAGUAGUAGUAGUAGUAGUAGUAGUAGUAGUAGUAGUAGUAGUAGUAGUAGUAGUAGUAGUAGUAGUAGUAGUAGUAGUAGUAGUAGUAGUAGUAGUAGUAGUAGUAGUAGUAGUAGUAGUAGUAGUAGUAGUAGUAGUAGUAGUAGUAGUAGUAGUAGUAGUAGUAGUAGUAGUAGUAGUAGUAGUAGUAGUAGUAGUAGUAGUAGUAGUAGUAGUAGUAGUAGUAGUAGUAGUAGUAGUAGUAGUAGUAGUAGUAGUAGUAGUAGUAGUAGUAGUAGUAGUAGUAGUAGUAGUAGUAGUAGUAGUAGUAGUAGUAGUAGUAGUAGUAGUAGUAGUAGUAGUAGUAGUAGUAGUAGUAGUAGUAGUAGUAGUAGUAGUAGUAGUAGUAGUAGUAGUAGUAGUAGUAGUAGUAGUAGUAGUAGUAGUAGUAGUAGUAGUAGUAGUAGUAGUAGUAGUAGUAGUAGUAGUAGUAGUAGUAGUAGUAGUAGUAGUAGUAGUAGUAGUAGUAGUAGUAGUAGUAGUAGUAGUAGUAGUAGUAGUAGUAGUAGUAGUAGUAGUAGUAGUAGUAGUAGUAGUAGUAGUAGUAGUAGUAGUAGUAGUAGUAGUAGUAGUAGUAGUAGUAGU